AAAAUAUUUGCCAUGCAGGGAAAACAAAACUCACAAAUUUUAUUUAAAGAUUUGAAAGAGAUUCUACAACAGCAGAAUAAAGUAUUUGAGAUUCUAGCUCAGACUUGUCUAACACAAGCACAAUUACAGUCAAAGAUAUUAGGAGCUUCACCUAGUGCUAAAGCUCGUAAUUUUGAAACAAGUCAGGCUUUGCCUUUAAGCCAGAGUUCACUAGUAGUCCCAAUGCAAAGUGAAAUAAAUGGGAUUCAUUCAGAGAUGAGCGGGUCCAAAUCAACCCGAGUGGAUGAAUAUUCAAAGAAAAGAGUAAUUCCUUUGUGCAUCUCCCAAAGUUCACAAGAAGAUCAUGAGAAGGACUUAAGAGUGUCUUUAGAUAAGUCUUUAAAUGACGCUCUGAAGAAGUCAAGUCCUUCUGUCUCAGAAGUUGAAGAAAUUAAAGAAGUCAUAGAAGAAAAUAAAGAUUCCAUAUUGGUUGAAGAUGAGAAAUUCGAAGAUCACAAUACUGACAAACAUUCUGACUCAAAUAUGGUUAUUCCAUUUUCAAGUAGAUCAUCGAGCGAUAGAAGACAAUGCGAGAAAAUAAAUCAUUCAACUGGGAAACAAUUUAAUCCUUUUCUUAAGAGAAGAAUAUCUCCAGUGACACCAAAAGAUACCCCAGACACUAGUAAGAUUACACAAAGCUCUGGUAGUCAACUGAAUAUUAUCGAAAAGGAUGUGACUGAUGAUUUCAAGAAGUUAAUAUUCCACCAUAACAAAUACAAGACUCUCUAUGCUCAGGUGGAUACUUGGAAAGUAGAUGAUAAAGAUUCAUUCAAGAAUUAUGCCAGUCUUGUCAUCAAGCAGUUCUACUGCAUUUUAUUAGAUUCUGCAUCUAAAUCUGAAGUCCAAAGAAACUUCAGAAAAGUCCAAUUUUUCUGGAGUAUCCAAAGCUCAGGACUUAUCAUCGCAAAAUACAAGGGCGCCAAAAUGCCUCUCAAAAACAUGAACCAGAGAGUUUCCAACUACUUCAAAAAGAAGUCCGAAAAGAAAGCUCUCUUCUGCGUUACAGGAAGAGAGAAGCACAAGAUUUCAUUUGAGAAGCCUAUUGAAGAAGCCAAGUUCGGACCCAUUCAUUUUAUUUUUGAGGUUAUACUUGAUUAA